UUCCUUUUUGGGUCUACAAACUCAAUUUGUUAUUUCAUCUUCAAUACUGUCGGAGAAGAAAGAAAUAAAAUUCGUGUGCUACAAGAUUUCAUGUAUAAAGUGUGACAUAUAUUAAAAAUAAUAAUUUAAUAAUAAUAAUUAUUAUUAUUAUUAUUAUUGUUACGGGAAAGUUUUUUUUUUACCUAUAAUACACGCGAACUAAAAAACCGAGUGAUAAACAACGAUAAUAUAACGAGACUAUAUAUAUUCAUAUCGACAGGGAAAAAAGAAAAAAGGGAAGAAAAAAACAUAAAGAAAAAAGAAAUAUAUAUAUAGAAAUUUAUAUCGGGAGAUUCAUCGUAAAACGUAUAUUCAAACAGACUGAAAAAUGACGGUGGCAGUGGAUUCACGAAAGACAGAAGACGACAAUGAAUCGACGAAGAUUGAAACCUUCGACGACGUUUUGCCAUACGUUGGAGAAGCCGGUCGUUAUCAAAUGUUCCUUUUUUUUAUUCUAUUGCCAUUCACCUUCGUAUACGCGUUCCUAUAUUUUGCACAAUUCUUCAUAACACUGGUACCUGCUGAACAUUGGUGUUCGAUACCAGAACUAAUGGAUUCGAAUCUUACAGAUCAUCAAAAAAUCUCUUUAGCGAUACCACCACCAACGAAAGAGGAAUUAAAAUUAGAAAGUUCAACGUCCUUUUCGAGAUGUUUCAUGUACGAUGUAAAUUACACCGAUAUUCUCAAGGAAGGAAUCAGACAAUCCAAUCCAAAUUGGCCUACAAUUCCUUGCAAAAAUGGAUGGGAAUACAAUUACACGAUGAUACCUUACGCCUCCAUUGCUGCUGAGUUAUCCUGGGUUUGCGAAAAAACAUUUCUAAGUUCGGCAGCUCAAUCAGCAUUUUUCGUAGGAAGUAUCAUCGGUGGUUUUAUUUUUGGUUACAUAGCCGAUCAUUAUGGUAGAAUACCAGCAUUGGUUUCCUGUAAUGCCGUAGGAUUUUUCGCAUCCGUUGCUACAGCAUUUUGUAAUAGCUUUUGGAGUUUUUGUUUGGCCAGAUUGAUCGUUGGUUCGUCAUUUGACAAUUGCUUCAACAUUCUUUUUAUCAUCGUUAUCGAAUAUGUCGGACCAAAAUAUAGAACUUUGUUCGCAAAUAUGUCAUUUGGAAUUUAUUUCGCUGCGGCAGCUGGAUUGUUACCAUGGAUUGCUUAUUGGAUAGCAGAUUGGAGAAUUUUAAGUAUAGUUACUGCAUUUCCAAUGAUCGUCGCAUUUAUUGGACCUUGGAUAGUCCCAGAAAGUGCACGAUGGUAUAUCAUGAUGGGAAAUACAAGUAAAGCAAUCGAAAUGCUGCAAAAAUUCGCCAAGGUCAACGGAAAGGAAGUGAAACCAGAGAUUUUUGAGGAAUUCGAAAAAAGUUGUAAGACUAUAGCUGAAAAGGAUACUGCCCAUCAUCAACACACUGUGUUGGAUCUAUUCAAAUUACCUAGAUUAGCUUUUAUAACAAUAAUACUUAUAAUAUAUUGGCUUCUCAUAGUUCUGGUAUUUGAUGGGCAUGUAUGGAACAUGAAAUUAUUGGAUCCUGACGUGUUCACAUCCUUUUCUCUUGCAUCAAUGACCGAACUUCCAGCUGCUAUUCUUUUAGCUCUUUUGCUGGAUAGAUGGGGAAGACGAUGGAUGGGAUUUGCAUCCAUGUUUUUGUGCGGUAUUUUCUCAUUCGUCGCCAUUGCAACUCCCGAAGGAUAUUUCACUGUGGCCAUGGCUAUUUUAGCACGUUUAGGAGUAAACAUAGCCGCGAAUAUUGGUUUUCAAUAUGCCGCUGAAAUGUUACCAACAGUGGUAAGAGCGCAAGGUGUUUCAUUGAUUCAUAUUAUUGGUUAUUUUGCUCAUAUUAUUGGACCAUACAUCAUUUAUCUGUCCGACGUACAUCCGGCAUUACCUUUGGUAGUUCUCGGACUUUUGUCCUUCGUAGUUGCAUUUUUAACUUUAACUUUACCGGAAACGUUGAAUCAGGAUUUACCAGAAUCAUUACAAGAGGGUAAUGAUUUUGGUAGGGAUCAAAGUUUCUGGUGGAUUCCAUGCAUACCAGCAACACCUGUUUUAAAGAAAUCCUAUAGAAAGAAAAAAGGUAUGACAAACGCUGCAUUCCACGGUAGUAUCCAAAGAAUUGACUCCACCAGAUUAUAGCGAACGAUUGAUAAAAAAAAAAAAAAAAAAAA